UUCUCUAACUCCUCGCUGUCGGUCUUUGGCUCAGUGUGGACGAGGCCCGCAUCCUUCCUGGCAGCAUGAAGGACAACUUCUGGGAGAUGGGCGACACCGGCCCCUGCGGCCCCUGCAGUGAGAUCCAUUACGACCGGAUCGGAGGGAGGGACGCGUCUCACCUGGUGAACAUGGACGACCCCAACGUGCUGGAGAUCUGGAACCUGGUCUUCAUCCAGUUCAACAGAGAGUCGGAGACGGAGCUGAAGCCGCUGCCUAAGAAGAGCAUCGACACAGGGAUGGGUCUGGAACGCCUGGUCUCUGUUCUCCAGAACAAGAUGUCCAACUAUGACACCGACCUGUUCAUCCCGUACUUCGAGGCCAUUCAGAAGGGUUCAGGCGCUCGGCCUUACACCGGGAAGGUGGGCGCUGAUGAUGUUGACGGCAUCGACAUGGCCUACCGCGUCCUCGCCGAUCACGCCCGCACCAUCACCAUCUCUCUGUCGGACGGCGGGCGGCCAGACAACACAGGCAGAGGCUACGUGUUGAGGAGGAUCCUGCGGCGCGCGGUUCGUUAUUCCCAUGAGAAGCUUGGUGCUCCCAGGGGAUUCUUUGCCUCGCUGGUGGACGUGGUGGUGGCUUCUCUGGGCGACGCCUUCCCAGAGCUGAAGAAGGACCCAGAGAUGGUGAAGGACAUCAUCAACGAGGAGGAGGCACAGUUUCUGAAAACGCUCAGCAGGGGGCGCCGCAUCCUCGACAGGAAGAUCAUGAGCCUGGGAGAAUGCAAGACGAUCCCAGGAGACACAGCAUGGCUGCUCUACGACACGUACGGCUUCCCUCUGGACCUGACGUCGCUCAUCGCUGAGGAGAAAGGCAUGGGGGUGGACCUGGCCGCGUUCGAGGAGGAGAAGAAGGCAGCGCAGUUGAAGUCUCAGGGUAAAGGAGCCGGGGGCGAGGACCACAUCAUGCUGGACAUCUACGCCAUCGAGGACCUGAGGAACAAGCAGAUCCCAGCCACAGACGACUCGCCCAAAUACAGAUACACCUCAGACGAUAACGGAAACUACGAGUUUCAGCCGGCCUCCGCCACGGUUCUGGCUCUGCGCCGCGACCGCGCCUUCUGUGAGGAGGUGACCACGGGUCAGGAGUGCGGCGUGCUGCUGGACCAGACGUCGUUCUACGCGGAGCAGGGCGGGCAGACGUUCGACGAGGGCUACAUGCUGCGGGAGGACGACAGCUCUGAGGAUAGGAUGGAGUUCACAGUGAAGAACACGCAGGUUCGAGGAGGUUACGUUCUGCACAUCGGAACCGUCUAUGGGACCCUGAAAGUCGGGGACAGAGUCACUCUGCAUAUAGACGAGGCUCGCAGGCGGCCAAUCAUGAGCAACCACACGGCCACUCACAUCUUAAACUUUGCCCUGCGGGGUGUUUUGGGAGAGGCGGAUCAGAGGGGCUCCCUGGUCGCUCCGGAUCGCCUUCGCUUCGACUUCACAGCUAAAGGAGCUCUGAGCACAGGAGAGAUCCGCCGCACUGAGGAGAUUGCUUGUGCCAUGAUUAAAGAGGCCAAGCCCGUGUACGCCAUGGAGGCCACCCUGGCAGAGGCCAAGGCCAUCCAGGGCCUGCGUGCCGUAUUCGAUGAGACCUACCCCGACCCGGUCCGAGUCGUUUCCAUCGGCAUCCCGGUCCAGGAGCUGCUGGACGACCCCAACAGUCCCGCUGGUUCCCUCACCUCCAUAGAGUUCUGCGGUGGAACCCAUCUGCAGAACUCGGGUCACGCUGCGCCGUUUGUCAUCGUCUCAGAGGAGGCUAUCGCUAAGGGCAUCCGCCGCAUCGUCGCUGUGACGGGAGCUGAGGCCCAGAAGGCGGCUCGUAAAGCUGAUGCCCUUCGCCAAUCUCUGUCUGCUCUUGGAGGCAAGGUGAAGCAGCAGACGACGCCCAACAAGGACGUGCAGAAGGAGAUCGCCGACAUGAACGAGUCUAUAGGCACCGCCGUCAUCUCGCAGUGGCAGAAGGACGAGAUGAGGGAGACCCUGAAGGCUCUGAAGAAGACCAUGGAUGACCUGGACCGCAGCUACAAGGCCGACAUCCAGAAGAGAGUCCUGGAGAAGACCAAGGAGGUGAUCGAGAACAACCCCAACCAGCCGCUGCUCGUCAUGGAAAUGGAGACGGGAGCCUCUGCAAAGGCUCUAAAUGAAUCCCUGAAGCUGCUAAAGAAUCAGUCCCCGCAGACCGCCGCCAUGCUGUUCACUGUCGACCCCGACGCCGGCAGGAUCACCUGCCUCUGCCAAGUUCCACAGGACGUGGCAAACCGUGGUCUGAAGGCCAGUGAGUGGGUUCAGGAGUUGUGCCCCCUGCUGGAUGGAAAAGGCGGCGGCAAAGACAUGUCUGCACAGGCCACGGGCAGGAACACGCAGUGCCUGCAGGAGGCGCUGCAGAUGGCUAAUGAGUUUGCUCGACUCAAAUUAGGAGAAAACUGAGAGAACUUUUCCGUUCCUCUUUUCUUCUCCCUGUAGGUCAGAAAGAAAACUAACAGAUGACCUCUGAAGCUCCGCCAACAGAAGAUGAGCCACUCGUAUUUAUUGAGUCUGGAGGUAGCUUCAGCAUCAAACAUCUCGUGCACUUUUACCUGGAAGGAGAUGUGUCCUCUUCUAAUUUGCAUGUCUAGGUGAGAAGGGCUGCAGCCUCCUGCUAGCUCUGUGGCUAAGGGACUAAACUUCACUCAUCAUCCCUCCGUCCAGCCUAAUGCUCCAUUUUUCCUGCUCCACCCGAUUGUCAGAAACUGUUUAGGUUUAUAGUCUGCGUCCUCUGAUGGCUCAAAGUUUGUCUGAUCCAAAAUGUUUAACUGGAGCGCUCAUUACUGUAGCCUAGCAACCAGCCAUCAGCGGUUUCUAUGUGGAAAUGAUUAAUGAUCAUCAUAGCUGCUUCAUGUUUCAGGAUUAAUGAUGGAAUAAAUCUGACUGGUCAAUGUUGUCGCCUGU